AUGUCAUGGUUCUCGUGGUUGCCGGUGAACUCCAUCAUAAGCUUCGCCCAGCUCUGUCGAGCCUUCGUCACAUGCUUCCAGAGCAUCAUGAAACAUAAGAAGAUGACGGUUAAUCUCCUGAGCGUGAAGCAAAAGCCCGAUGAGUUGAUCCAAGCAUUCGUCUCCCACUUUAACAAGGAAUCCUUAGAUAUUAAGGAUCCAGAUGAGGCUACGGCACCCACGGCGAUGAGCAAUGGUCUCUCAGACAUGGACCUCAAAGACUUAGCUCAAAAACUGACCAAGAACAUGGCUGAGCUCUUGGAAAGGUGCAAUGAGUUCGCAAACACGGCAGAAGUGCUUCAGGCGCAAAAAGCGAAUGAAGGAAAGAGCGAGAGGAAAAGAUCGACAGGUGAUGAUUGCAAGGAAGAAAAGCGGUCCAAGACUAACCACAGAACCUAG